GUCGUGACGUGGUGUUGGAAGGGAGAGGUAAAUUUAUUAUAAACGAUGCUCUCUAUAUAAGCGUCCCAAUAUUUGGAAAAGUUCAGUUUUUAAUAGUCCGGCACGCAAAUUUGUAAAGGACAGAUAUCACAAUGUCGUUGGAACGCCAAGUUCGCGCUAAAAUUGCCGCAAAACGCAACCCAGAACAAGACAAAGAAGCGCAAGAAUGGAUUGAGACCGUUCUUGGAGCCAAAUUCCCCGCAGGGCAAUUGUACGAAGAUGUCCUCCGCGACGGAACUGUUCUCUGUCAACUCAUCAACAAAUUGGCACCUGGAUCCGUUGCCAAGAUCAACACCAGCGGUGGACAAUUCAAGUUCAUGGAAAACAUCAACAACUUCCAAGCCGCACUAAAAACUUAUGGCGUAAAUGAUGUCGAUGUAUUCCAAACCGUAGACUUAUACGAAAAGAAAGAUAUCGGUCAAGUGACAAAUACCAUUUUCGCUCUUGGCAGACAGACCUACAAACACUCCGAAUGGAAGGGACCAUAUUUGGGACCUAAACCAUCCGAUGAAAAUGUACGCGACUUCACUGAUGAACAAUUAAAGGCCGGACAAACAAUUAUUGGUCUACAAGCCGGAUCCAACAAAGGCGCAACCCAAGCCGGCCAAAACAUCGGCGCUGGACGUAAAAUCUUGCUUGGAAAGUAAAUUUAUUUUUAACCAAAAUGUAUAAAGUAUUAUUUUUAUGUAUUUAAUUAAAUUUUCCAAGUA